CCUCCUUCUCCCUGUGUCCGCCAGCUCCUGUGCCUGGCAGUAACCCCCCUGCUAUUAUUAUCUGGGGCUGGGCAUCCCUUGCUGUGUCUGUGCCCGGGGGGAUUCAUACUACUCAGCGCACUGCGUCUGCAGAAUUCUCUGGGAAAAGCAAUUACUUAAUCAUUAAAACUGGCCAAAUUCAGCAGAAAGAAGCAGCUGCCGCAGAUCUUUCCACCUCGGACUCCACUUGGUGUAUCUGCUGAUGUAAAAAAAAUGACCCUGCAACCAUCUAUGAUAAAGCAGCUAAAAAGAAAGAGGAAAAGUAAUUUUAGUGUCCAAGAAACACAAACGUUACUAACAGAAAUAAAAAAGAGAAGAGAAGUCAUUUUUUCGAAGCAGCUCAACACCACAAUUAACGAAAUGAAGCGCAAAGCCUGGGAAGAAAUAGCGGAAUGUGUGAAUGCGCUUGGUGAAGGAGAACAAAGGACAGGAACAGAAGUAAAACGAAGAUAUCUGGAUUGGCGGUCUCUCAUAAAGAGGAAAAGCCUGAAUUCAGAUCUUAAAAUAGGAAAUUCUGGAAUGCACCUACCACUGUCGGAUAUAGACUCUAUCAUUGAUGAUACAGAUGACAAGCCAACUGGGUUAACAAAUGACUCGAGCUUAGAGUGGAAAAGUGGGCCAGAUGUCCGAGAAGCAAAUGAGUCUAUGACUGAAAUCAAAGUUGAAGAAGAAGAACCUGAAAGCUUUGAAGGUCCUAGCUGGAAAAAGAAAAUUUCACAUCCUUGCUUUGGAAUCCAGUUCAACUCCCGUCAAAAUAGAAUUGUGUAUAAUCAGACGCCUAGUGAAGAGAAGUUUGAAAUGGAAGAAGAUGAAAUGUUAUCAAAUGUUUUGCCUGACUCUAGAGAAGAAAAUGACCUUCCUGAGGAAUUUCCCAGAAUCGAAGAGUUUGGCAGCUUAAGCUCUAUCUCCAGAAUCCCGUAUAAAGAUUCCCACCUACUUAUCAACCUAGAGAAGCAGAAGCUGGAGAUGGAAAGGCAACGUUUGAGCAUCGAAGCCGAGAGACUACAAGUAGAAAAGGAGAGACUUCAAAUUGAAAGAGAGAGAUUGCGGCACUUAGACAUGGAGCAUGAGAGACUCCAGCUUGAGAAAGAGCGUUUGCAGAUUGAACGAGAGAAGCUUCGGCUACAAGUCAUGCAUGCAGAGAAGACCAACCUGGAGAACGAUUUUGUGCAAGCAGAAAAGAGUGUUUUGCAGCCCUUCGACAUAGAAGCUGAAAAAUUAAAACUGGAAAGGGAACACCUUCAGCUAGAAAAGGAGAGGCUUCAGCUCUUAAAGUUCGAGUCUGAGAAGCUUCACAUAGAGAAGGAACGCCUGCAAGUCGAGAAAGAACGACUACGAAUUCAAAGAGAAGGGCACCUACAAUAAAAGUGUGAACCACAAUAGUACAAUUUCAUUAGUUUUACAGUGACUUUGGUCUUGUCUUUGUUGCUUUGUCUGUAGACUUUGAUCUCUGUUCUGUCG